AUGGGCGACAAAAUAGAAGACCUUCCCGCGUCGGAGCACAUCCACGACCACGACAUUCUCGAGGAUGAAAAGGCCAUGGCCGAAACAGCCGAGCACCUGCGGAAGCUCACGCCAGAAGAGCUUGUCAUCGAGAAGAAGUUGAGGAAGAAAAUCGACUUACUGAUCAUGCCCUUGUGCGUGCUGGUCUAUCUCAUGAACUACAUCGAUCGCAACAACUAUGCCGCUGCUCGACUGCAAGGUCUCGAAGACGACUUGAACAUGACGGAUGAGCAAUAUCAAAUUGGUCUUUCUACGCUGUUCGUCGGCUAUGUUCUGAUGCAGGUCCCCUCCAAUGCCAUGCUUAACUAUGCCGGGCGCCCGUCUUGGUACAUUGGCUUCUUCGUCAUUAUUUGGGGCUUGGUGUCUCUCUUGACCAGUCAGGUCAAGACCGCGGGGCAGAUCAUUGCCACUCGGUUUAUUCUUGGCUUUGUUGAAGCUCCGUUCUUCCCUGGCAUUCUGUUCUAUCUUUCCAAAUGGUACACAAAGGAGGAACUAUCCUUGCGGAUGGCCAUCUUCUACUCCGGUUCCUUAAUCUCAGGUGCUUUCGGAAACCUGAUCGCCGCGGGCAUCUUGAAUGGGUUAGCAGGAGCACGCGGAUACUCAGCCUGGCAAUGGUUGUACAUAUUGGAAGGUGCUAUCACGAUGUUCUUCGGUAUGCUCGUCAUCAUCGUCCUGCCCGACUUCCCGGAUACUUGGAAGAAGCUGUCUGAGGAUGAGAGACGGGUCGCAACCCGUCGACUCGCCAUCGAAGCUUCCGAGGCCGACGUCGAUGAAGCUGGGGGCAUGUCACAGCUUCGAGGCAUCAAGCUGGCCUUAACCGACCCUAAGACAUAUCUACUCGCUUUGGCCUAUCAUGGUCAGACUGGUGCCGCUGGUAUCCAGAACUACUUUCCGACACUUACCCAGACUGUCGCCUCGGAUCGUAUCCAUGCCCUGCUACUCUGUGCACCGCCAUACAUCUUCAUGGUCAUCUACUCAUUUGUGCAUUGUCGAAUCUCGGACAAACUGGCCAAGAGGUUCUGGUUCUUCACCUACCCUAUCCCAAUUACGAUCGUGGGCUUUAUUAUUUUCAUGACGGUCGACAAUUUUGCUGCUCGAUACUUUUCCUUGUUCCUGCAGAUCUUUGUGUUUGCCCUGAACGGAAUCAUUUAUGCAUGGAUUUCGUCUUCGAUCCCGCGUCCCCCGGCGAAGCGUGCCGCCGCCUUAGCCUUCAUCAAUUCGGUAGGCAACGCCGCCUCGAUUUGGACGCCAUUCACAUACAAAACCAAAGACGCACCUCACUAUAGGCCGGCUUUGGGUAUCUGUAUAGGACUUCAGUGCCUCGCGGCCGUAUGUGCGGUCGCAUUGAAAAUCCUUCUCCAGAAGCAAAAUGCUCAACUCGCCAGGAUGGAAAACUCCGACGCUCAGCUCACCGAGCACGAUGUCAAGAAAUUAGAAAAGACUGCGCAGAUCGAGGGUGUUACUGUCGCCGAGGCAAGGGCUUUGCAGAAGGGCUACCGUUAUAUUAUUUAA